UUCUGUUAGAGUUAAACAGUGAAAUGAGAGUAUGCAGCAUGUCUUAAAACGUAUAAAAAUAUCCAUUUUUAUGAGUCGAAUAUCUAGAAUAUAGUGUGCAGUGACAGUGUGCUGUGGUAAUGAGGUAGCUUUGUUUGCGUGCAAGUGGAGGACAACAGGCUUCUGUUGUGUCACCGGUGUGCCCUCCUUUAGGUAGAACAGCAUAACUGUGUGUGUGUGUGUGUGUGUGUGUGUGUGUGUUUACAUGGAUGUGUGUGUUCACGUGCACGUGUGUAUGUGUGUGUGUGACGCAGGUCUGAGAUGGUGUGAACCCAUUUCACCUUUUUACCUGCGUCGACAUGAGUUGGGCCCUGUUUACCUGUGAAGACCCUGCUGUUUGGAGAGGAGUGGAGGCAAAAUACUGGGCGGUGGUGGAGGCAAAGUCCCUUGUCAAGGGCAAGAAGUCAGGAAAGCUGCUUACCCUGGACAGAUGGUUUCAGCUGGAGCUGCCUGAAGCUAUUGCUAAGCGACCUGAUAGAUACAUCACCCUUCCAGAGCUGGUGAAACUGAUGGAGUGGAAACUGACCAGAGGGAAAUUCCGUCCUCGCCUGCAGCAGUUGGUGGCCACCAACGCCGUGGAGGUGGUGGAGAGGUGUUCCAGGAAGGCCUUCACCCUGCUGCCUGACGUCCUGGCGGCCAUAACGGAGCUCAGCUCCCUCAAAGCCCUGGGUCCAGCCACCGCCUCAGCUGUGUUGGCAGCAGGAGCUCCAGAAGAGGCAGCCUUUAUGGCUGACGAGGCCAUGGAGAGUGUGCCUGGACUGGGGCCCAUCCAGUACGCUGCUAAGCACUACGCGCUCUACUUGAGCAAGGUGACUGAGCGCACAAAAGCUCUUAACAAAGCGGACAGCCAGAGUGACUGGACUCCCCAUAGGGUGGAGCUGUGUUUGUGGGCAUGGGCAGUAGCCAAUCAGCUGCAACUUCCCCUAGUAAGGGACUUCAAUCUAAAGGCCAGCCUCAAUGAUACCUCAGAUUCCGACACCGACCACAGACCAACCAAGAAACAGAAGACCAAAUAGCCUGUACGUUUUCCCACCACAUCAUUGUUAAACCUUUGCAAAAUGUUGUCUACUGAUGUACAGUAUGUAUACUUCAUGUGCCUUUAAAUACCAAGUAAAUAUUUGAAAUUAAGUAUCCAUUGUUAUAUUGAAUGUAUCUAAUCAACAUUCCCCACAUUGUAUCACUAUAACCUAAUUAGAUGUAUUGUCGUUUUUAUUGGCAGUUAACCUAACCCUACCAUGGUAAAUACAAUAGACCUUUCACAUGACAAACACAAAAUGUCUGCCCUGCAAGUGGGACAGUAGAGGCCUUGCCACAGUAUUGUUCUUUAUUUGUUUUGUUUCGAAAUUAAAGCAAGUACAAUGACCAGUACAAAAUAAAACUAAAUAUAUACAAUAUAAAAUGGUUUUGUUCAUAACAUUUAAAAAGUACAAUACAUUAAUGAAAUAAUUAAUGAAGACUUUAAUAUAAACUAUCCAUAUUUACAUAAAUUUCGUUUUCAUUUGUUUCUUC